AUGUCCGCUGCUAUGUCGACAGCAUUCAUGGUGGACAGUAUCCUGCAGGAUAAGGACUCCCCGACCGAACAAGUGACCCGCUGUACGGAAGGUUCAAGUCCGGUCGGAGUUCCACCCGGUGCCUCCAACGGGGACGCUGGUUCGCUAGCUUCCAUCUCGGACAGUGACGAGUUUGACGAGCCCAAAGACUCCAGCAGCCUGUGCGACUCGCCGAAAAGUUUCCACAGCCUGCACCAUCACCAUAGCCAUCUGCAUCACCCAUCGGGUGAUCAUCAGCUGCAUCUGCAUCACCAUCAUCACCAUUUGCUUUCCCAGCAUCAUCACAAUCACCAUUCGUCGUCGUACUCGGACGACGAGGUACCGGCGGGACCUCCGUCCAUCAAUGGUGGCUCGAUUGUGAGGAGACCGGCCACAUUCCGACCCCAUCCGGACGAUGGUGGCGUUUCGCUGGUGCAGAUGGAUUACUGCUGUGCCAAGUGUGGCCACUGUCAGGCGGAACUGAACCCUGGCAGCCGGGCCAGUCCAGCGAGAGCCGGAGAUAGGCGGAGUUCGGAGGGGGAGCAUAACAACAACAAUGGCAGCAGUAAGGAGGAAAGUGUACCGGACGCUGACGGUGGCAGUGAGUACGAGUUUCGGUGCGAAAAGUGCGGGUUCGGGGAGUACGUCAUUCCGGGGAAGCAGACAAUCCUGAAGGAAAGCAGCAAACCCGUGCUCAAGUUUAGUGUGUCCGCAAUUCUGGGCGACAAAAAGGAUUGCGUUAAAGUUAGGAAUGAAUUUAUUCAACCACAGCACCUUUGGCCUUACAUUCAGCAGAACCUGAUCCAACAGAACCACUUAGCGAACCCGGCCUUCCUGGGUGCCCAUCCGCACCACCCGCAUCAUCCACACCAGCAGCAUCCCCAUCAUCACCAUCAUCAUCCUCACCACCCGCAUCAUCACCAGGCUGGCCCACCUCAUCCACUGUCGCCUCAUCACCCGCAACAGCAGCAGCAGCAGCAGCAUCUUACCGUCGGACCGAACGGCAGUCCGACCGGGCAUCCGGUCAACAGCAAUGGGGCCCAUCCGCAUCACCUGAACAAUAGCAGCAGUAACAGUGCGAGCGAGUCUGGCAGCCUACCGAACAGCCCGGACCUGCAGGAACCGUCCGCCCAGGUGGUGGUGGCACUUCAACAGCCGAGAGAUAAUAAAAUCAUUGCGAAACCACUUCCGAGCCGACCGACACCGUUCCUGCACCACAGCCUCAACCAUCCGCAUCUGCACUCGCUGCUGGCCCACUGUCGCAAUCCCUACAUACCGGGUGGACCACAGGUUUUCCCACUACCGCCGGGGCAAGGUUUUCCGUGGGCACACUCCACCCGAGGGAAACCCCGGCGGGGGAUGAUGCGUCGGGCAGUAUUUUCCGACUCCCAGCGGAAAGGGCUGGAAAAGCGAUUUCAGCUGCAGAAGUACAUCAGCAAACCGGAUCGGAAGAAGCUCGCGGAACGGCUCGGUCUUAAGGACUCUCAGGUGAAAAUAUGGUUUCAGAACCGACGCAUGAAGUGGCGCAACUCGAAGGAACGCGAGCUGCUAGCGAAUGGCGGCUCCCGGGAUCAAACACUCCCGAACAAAAACAAUCCCAACCCGGACCUAUCGGAUGCGCGUACCGACCGACAGACUUCGCUUUCGCCUCCCCCACCCGGAUCGCCGCCACAAGGCUCAACCCCGCUAGAUAGUCAACCACCGCCGCCCGCACAUCCACCCCCAUCGACAACCCCAUCAGGCUCACCCAAACCCGCCCCGCCACCAAUGCUUACCUUCAAGUCCAAAUUUGAGCUGCUGAAACCAUCCGCCGUCGCCGGAUCGGGGGGAGAUUUUAAGUUCGAUUUUGAGGAGCAACCACAGGGAAAUCGUUCGACCGGUGGUACUGGAGGACAUUUCCCGAUGGGUGGAUUCUACCCACCGCUCGGAGGGGAACGGGGUGACUCGGCCGCUGUUGGAGGUUCGGGACGCUCGAACAGUAGCGCGUCGUCGGAUCUACAGACGGGACCGACGCCCAUGUAUUACGAUGAGUACGAAUCGGCCGGCGACUCGGAUGACAGCGACGAGGAAAUCAAUGUCACGUGA